CGCACGUUGCCGCACCAGGGACAGGAUUUUUGUCGGUGCUCCAACAACAUGAAGCAGCAGUUGGACUUGGUGUCCGAUAACCGCUGUUUCGGCGGACAACAAAAGGUCUACGAACACGACAGUGCCGUGUUAAAUUUCCGGAUGAGAUUUGCCGUGUAUGUACCAGAAAAUUUGGAAGGACCUGCUCCAGUCUUAUAUCUUUUGGGUGGUAUGUCAUGUUCCGAACAAACUUUUAUACAGAAGUCAGGGUUUCAACGAUGGGCAGCACAUUAUGGAAUAAUCGUAGUGUCUCCAGAUGUCUGCCCUAGGGUUACUUUUGGUGCUGAAAAGAAUGAAAUUGAAGCUAAAGGCUUGUCAUUUUAUGUAAAUGCUGUGAAAAAACCAUGGAACAGAAAUUACCAAAUGUAUUCAUAUGUGAAUGAGGAGCUACCCAGUAUUAUUCAGGAGAACUUUAAUGUCAACAAAGACAGACAAUCAAUCAUGGGCCACAGUAUGGGAGGUCAUGGUGCAUUAAUAAGUGCACUUAAAAAUCCUGGCAAGUUUCGUUCAGUCUCAGCUUUUGCUCCAGUUUGUAAUCCGUCUAAAACACCCGAUAUACAAUUUAUAUUAAAGUGUUAUUUUGGAGAUGAUACAAAAACCAUGGAGGAAUGGGAUGCUACCUGCUUAAUAGCUGAUUAUAAAGGACCAAAGUUAAAUAUCCUCAUACAUCAAGGGAAUAAUGAUAAAUACAAAGAACAAUUAAAAUUAGAAAAUUUUGAAAGCGCUUGUGAAAAGGCAGGGAUUGAAAUUUCUAUAAAUUUAGAAGAUGGAUAUGAUCAUGGAUUUUAUUUCAUUUCAAGUUUUAUGGAACAGCAUUUUCAUCAUCAUUCUAAAUUUUUGUGUGACUCUUAAUAUUGGUUGAAUUUGUUGUAUUUUUACAUAGUAUUAUACUCAUAUAAUGAGUGGUGUGUCAAGACUUAUAUGUUACCUAAAUAAACUUACCAAAACUUAAUUUCAAUUUGCAUAAUUAGAAAAUAUAUGGACAAAUGAAUUACCCAAAAUAAAUAAUAAUUAUAAAUUA